AUGCCGUUUGGGUUGUGCAAUGCCCCUUCCACUUUCCAAGCCUCCAUGAACACUAUUCUCAAGCCACUUUUGAGGAGGUUUGUCUUGAUUUUCUUUGAUGACAUCUUGGUUUAUUUCAAGACCAUUGAAGAACACAAGAAGCAUUCGAGGGUUGUGAUGAAGAUCUUGGAGGAACAUCAUUUUUUCAUAAAGGCUUCCAAAUGUGCCUUUAUGGAAAAAGAGCUUGAGUAUCUUGGUCACUUUAUCUCGGGAGAGGGGGUAAAGGUGGAUCAAAGGAAGAUUGAGGCCAUGGUGGAUUGGCCAUUGCCCAAGGAUGUUUCGGCCUUUAGAGGAUUUUGGGGGCUAGUCGGCUACUAUAGGCAGUUUGCGAAGAAUUAUGGGCUUAUUGCUAAGCCACUCACCUCUUUGUUGAAGAAAGAUAACUUUGAGUGGACACAAGAGGCAAGGGAAGCUUUUGAAGAAUUGAAGAGGGCCAUGACCGUGACAACCAUGCUAGCAUUGCCAAACUUUGAGAAACCGUUUGAAGUGUAUACGGAUGCAAGUGGAGAGGGAAUAAGGGCUGUUUUAGUGUAA